AAGCCACUGAGCAAAUGGGAAAUCAAACACUGAUAACAGAAUUCAUUUUCCUGGGCUUUUCGAACCACCCUGAACUUCAGAUGUUAUUCUUCCUGGUGUUCCUGGUCAUCUACAUGGUAACCCUGCUGGGGAAUGCUCUGAUCUUAACUCUCAUUAAGACUGAUCCAAGCCUUCAAAAGCCCAUGUAUUUUUUUCUUAGUAACUUGUCUUUCUUAGACAUUUGCUACACAUCUGCCACAAUCCCAGUCAUGCUGGUAAACUUCUUCCGAAGCAGGAAAACCAUCUCCUAUGCUGGGUGCAUUACACAACUCUUUUUCCUCAUUACCUGUGCUGGCACAGAAUGUGUCCUGUUAGCAGUCAUGGCUUAUGACAGAUAUGUAGCUAUCUGCAGCCCCUUGCAUUACCUGAGUGUUGUGAGCAGGCGGGUUUCUGUGCAGCUGGCUGGGUUUUCAUGGUUGUGUGGCUUGGUGAAUUCUCUGGUUCACACACUCUUUGCCUCUACCCUAGCUAUAUGCAAAUCCAAUCAACUCAGCCAUUUUUUCUGUGAUGUCCCACUACUGCUGAAGCUCUCUUGCUCAGAGACUUACAUCAAUGAAACUGUGCUUCACCUGGCUAGCGCCUUGAUUGGCUUGAGUCCCUGCCUCUUCACUCUGGUCUCAUAUGUCUGCAUUGUUGGUGCCAUCCUGAAGAUACGCUCAACUAAGGGCAGAUUUAAGGCUUUCUCCACCUGUACUUCGCAUCUGACUGUGGUCAUCGUAUUCUACGGCACUGCCAACUUCAAUUAUAAUCGGCCCAGCUCAGGCUACUCCCUGGAUGUGGAUACCUUGGUUUCAUCCUUGUAUUGUAUUGUAACACCCAUGUUAAACCCACUUAUCUACAGUUUAAGGAAUAAAGAGGUAAAGGAUGCAUUGAAAAGGAUGGGCAGAAAAUAUUUUCCUUCAGUGCCAGAGCCCAGCAAUAGACAGGGGACUUCAGUACCAUUGCGAAUAGAGAACAUCUGUAUAAACUCAGUGUCAGGACAUGAUCAGAGCAUGUUAAACCUACAGUGACAUUACCAUUUUUCUGAC